AUGAAUCGACAACGACGGCGACAAAUGGCUGAAAAUUAUCUUGUGAUCUGGGUUGACGGCAAUAUCAACAUGGAAAACGAAGAUUGCCAAAACACACUCGCGCAAUUGCGGAGUGUUGUUAAUGACGUGAACCCAUGCACCACGGUCGAACAAUGUAUUGAGACCCUUCAAGAAAAUAGUGAUGAGACAUCAUUUGUCAUCUCCUCUGGUGCACUUGGCCAACAUCUUGUACCAGAUAUUCAUGGCAUGUCAAAAUUAGAUGCCAUAUAUAUCUUCUGUGGCAACAAACAACGCCAUCAAGAAUGGGCCCAACAUUGGCCCAAAAUUAAAGGCGUUCAUACGUCAAUCACAAGUAUUUGCGAAAAACUGGCAAUAGCCGUCAAGCAAUGUAAUCAAGAUCAGGUAACUGUUAGUAUUAUUGGCAUCAAUGAAGGAGGUUCUAGCGAAGAUCUCAAUCAGCUAGAGCCAUCCUUCAUGUAUACACAAAUAUUCAAGGAAAUUCUCCUUGAUAUGAAGCAUGGUCAACAAGCCAUUAAAGAUUUGGUCACCUUCUGCCAAGAACAAUAUGAAGGUAAUAAAACAGAACUCAAAAUUAUCGAUGAAUUUCAGCGUACUUAUCAACCAGCAUUGGCGAUAUGGUGGUAUACACGCCAAUGCUUUACGUUCAAAAUGCUUAAUCGAGCAUUAAGAACUCUUGAUGGUGAUAUUAUUAUCCGAAUGGGAUUUUAUCUAUGUGAUGUCCAUCGACAAAUUGAAGAUUUACAUAGCAAGCAAAUCGAUCAAUAUCAUGGUAAGACAUUUCCACUUUAUCGGGGGCAGGGAUUACUGACGGCAGAUUUCGAAAAAAUCACUAAAAGCAAAGAUGGACUUAUUUCGUUUAAUAAUUUUUUAUCGACCAGUAAAAAUCGAAAUAUUUCUCUCGAAUUCGCCAAGGAUGCCUUAGAUACAGCAGAUACAGUCGGUGUUCUUUUCCAAAUGACCAUCGAUCCCACAGAGUCAUCAACUCCAUUUGCUUCGAUUCGAGAGCUGAGUGAUUUCGCACAAGAAGAUGAAAUUCUCUUCUCAAUGCACACAGUCUUUCGAAUUGGUGAAGUUCGAAAAAUUGACAAGAAAAGUUCACUUUAUGAAGUGGACCUUAAACUUACAGCAGAUGAUGACCAACAACUACGUCGAUUAGCUGAUCGUAUAGCAGAAGAGAUCGAUGGCACCGGGUGGUAUCGAUUGGGUAAAUUGCUGCUCAAAAUAGGUCAAUUCGACAAGGCCGAGGAAUUGUAUACCACAUUACUAGAACAGGCAUCCGACGACAGCGAUAAAGCACAUAUCCAUAAUAUGCUUGGAUUGGCGAAAAAUGACCAAGGACAAUACAAAGAAGCAGCUUCAUAUUAUGAGACAUCUCUCAAAAUCUACCGAAAAACUCUCCCAGAAGAUCAUCCUUCAUUGGCUAAUAUCUACAGCAACAUCGGUCUCACGUAUAACUACUUGGGUGAAUACCCGAAAGCACUUGAAUUUUACGAAAAAACAAUUAAAAUAAAAGAAAAGGUCUUAUUUCCGAAUGACCCUGAUUUGGCUACUUCAUACGUCAGCAUCGGUUUCGUGUAUCACACCAUGGGUGACUACUCGAAAGCACUGGAAUUUUACGAAAAAGCACAUAAAAUACAAGAAAAAGCUCUGCCUCCGAAUCAUCCUUAUUUGGCUACUUCCUACAACAACAUCGGUGGAGUGUAUAACGACAUGGGUGAUUACUCGAAAGCACUUGAAUAUUUCAAAAGGGACUUGGAAAUCACAAAACAAGUUCUGCCUGCGAAUCAUCCUGAUUUGGCUUAUCCAUUCAAAUGGUUUGGCAAGAUUUAUCGCAGUAUGAAAGAUUAUCCAAGAGCACUUGAGAAUUUCGAAAAGUGUCUCUCAAUACGUCAAAAAGCUUUACCUGAAAAUCAUCCAGAUAAAGCUACUACAUACAGUGACAUUGGUGAUGUUCAUCGAUUAAUGGGUGAUUAUGAAAAGGCAUUGUUAUUUCAUAGAAAAGCAUUAAAUAUUCAAGAAAAUGUUCAAUGUAAUCGUUUAGAUUGUGCAACAACAUAUAUAAAUUUAGGUGAAACUUAUCGAGAAAUGAAAGAUUAUACAACAGCAUUGACAUAUUUUCAAAAAGGAUUAGAAAUACGUCAGAAGAAAUUACCAAAAGAUCAUCCUGAUUUAGCUGUUGUAUAUCACAAUAUGGCAAAAUUAUAUUUAUCUACUCGACAAUAUAAUAUGGCAAUGAAAAAUAUUCAACAAACGAUUGAAAUUGCACAAGAAAAAUUACCUUCAACUCAUCCUCAUCUUUCGGACUAUAAAGAAACACUUGAAAAAAUUCGAAAGAAAAUGUAA